AUGGCGGCCUCAAUUAUCCGCCCAGAGCGCGGCCAAAUGUCUGGCCAGGCAAAAAUAGACCUCUUGUUAGUUGGAGAUGUCACUGUUCAGUACUUGGCAGAUAUUGCACAGAAAUCCUUUUCAAAUAUGGCAAAAGUCACCAUAACCAUCAGGGAUGUGGGGCAGGCAGCCGCACUUCUGAAGGACCACCCCUUUGACAUGGUUUUCCUGAAGAUGACUCCUUUACCAACGGCCGAGGAGCUGGGAGCUAUCAAAUUAAUUAGAUUUGGCAAGAAGAAAAAUAUGCAUUUGCUGUUUGUUUUUAUCACCCCUGAAAAUUUUAAAGGUUGUGUUUCAGGGCAUGGAGCCGACAUUACUUUAAGUGAGCCACUGACCAUCGAGAAAAUGAGUAUUGUGGUAAAAUACUGGAAAAUCUAUUUCUCAAAUACUGUUAAGAAUGAAUAUUCUGUGAAACCUGAAGAACCAGGAUUGCCCCAGCAGAAGUCCUGCAGUGAACAACUGGGAUAUUUUUCUACUGAUCUAUUUGCUUGCUCUGAAUCUCUAAGAAAUGACACUGGGUUUGAAUUAAAGGCUCCGUUGCCAGAUUUUGAGAAAAGCAAAAAGAUUUCUCUUCUUCAUUCAAGCAAGGAAAAGCUGAGAAGAGAACGAAUCAAGUAUUGCUGUGAGCAACUGCGUACUCUGUUGCCAUAUAUAAAGGGAAGAAAGAAUGACUCGGCUUCGAUUCUCGAGGCAACAGUUGAUUAUGUGAAGUACAUCCGGGAGAAAAUCCCUCCAGCCAUUAUGGGCCAGAUUACAGAAGUACUUCAGAGCAAUAGGAGGUUUUGUAAGAAACAGCAGAUGUCCAUCCAGCUAUCCCUUCCAGCCACGAUCAUGGCACAAAGGGAAAAUGGUGUGUUGACAAGCACUUACUCACCUGUGAGAGGGAUCAGAUUCCUGGCUAAUAAGUGCUUGAAUGUGUACUCUGUUCCUGCCUCAGAGGGCUCCUUGGAUGAAGCCGUGACAGGUCAGUCCAGCUCCACUUCAGAGAAUGCAAUUGGUGAUAUGUAUAAAACUCGAAUUCCCAGCAAAGCUCUCUCCCUUAAUUCCUUCCAUGCUGUCAGAUACUAUUCUAAAGUCAUCCCUUCCUAUGAUGCAGCUGCUGUAACAAAUCAGAACAUUUCAGUUCAUUUUCCAUCAGCUGUGCCCAGAGUCUCAAAGUUUCUUCCUCAGCACUGCAAUUCUGUGCUGGGCCAGACGUGCGCAACGCAUCCCAACUGUCUGCAACAGUUUUGGGCAUAUUAA